GAGCCUCGUCAAGUCGGCCACUUCGUCAAGCCAUCAAUCCACACAUGGCGAUGGCAGUAGCGGGAGCAGCAGCCUCCUGCUCCUACUCCUUCGCCCGCGCUCCCCGGCCGGCGAGCCUCCGGCGAGGGCCCACUUCGCCGCGCGCUUCAGGCAGUGCGGCAGAAAAGGUGGAGGUACGGGUCUGCACGAACCGCACGUGCGCGCGGCAGGGCGCGCGCGAGGUCCUGGCGGCGCUGGCGGGCCUGGCGCCGCCGCCGCCGCGCGUCGACGUGGACUCCUGCGGGUGCCUCGGCCGCUGCGGCGCGGGGCCCAACGUCGCCGCCUCCCUCUCCUCCUCCGGCGCCGCCGCCGUGUUCGGCCACGUGGGAACGGCCGCGCGCGCCGCGGCGCUCCUGGAGCACCUCCUCGGCGCCGCCGAGUUCGACGCGGCCGCGGGGCUCGUCGCGCUCGCCGUGAGGGAGAAGGCCGAGGCCGCCCUCGGGAACGGGGACGCCGCCGAGGCGGAAGCACUCUUCACCGAGAGUAUUGGACUGAAUGCUCCUGGCGGACUGCAUCUGGUGUACGGAAGCAGGUCUAAGGCGAGAUUGGCAAUGGGGGAUGUUGCCGGUGCGCUUGCUGAUGCCGAGGAAGCAAUAAGAAUCGCUCCCAAAUUUCCUCAGUCUCGCUUGUCGCGAGGGGACGUGCUAUUUGCAAUGGGAGAUUACCAUGCUGCCGAGGAUGCUUAUGCAGAUGCCUUGAAUCUUGAUCCAUCGAUUCGUCGGUCAAAGUCUUUCAAGGCCCGACUAGGAAAACUACGGGAGAAGCUUGUCAGUGUCAGUAGUUCAUCAUAGUUCACACUGGAAUUUGCACUUCCGAAUCAGAUGAAAAGCUUCGCCCAGCAAGAAAUGUAUACCUGUUGGAUCAUUCUAAGUAUUUUAACGCAGCAUCUGCAAGUGUCAUAUCUAGUUAGCUUCAUUCCUUCUGGUCAGUGCUAUGAAGUACACUGUUGCAUUCGUGUAUUUUGAACUCAGAUAUGGUAUUAGCAUUAUGCACUGUACAGUGUCAUAUCUACUUAGCUUCAUUCCUUCUGGUUAGCUUUAAUUGUACAGGAAUAUAUGUUGACUAUAAUUGUGCUAGAAAAAAGUAGAGUUUACUAC